ACGGAAUAAACUACAGUGGAGACGUUGGAUGGUCCUGCUGUGGUGAAACGCCUUGGAUACCUCUCCUGAACUUCUUGAGGUGGAGGGAAACUGUCAAAGACUCAAGAAUGGAUGUGUUUGGUGGUGCACCACGUUUCUUAGCCUAUCCAAGACCUGUAGUGGUACAAAGUGGAACGGAUGCAGUCCUAAAGUGUCAAAUUGGUGGCGAUCCAAGGCCUGCCGUCAUCUGGGAACGAAACAAUGAAAAGAUUGACCCUCAAGGACGAUAUAGGGUUUUUGAAGAUGGCAACGUUUACAACCUUAUCCUAUCAGCUGUUACUAUUGAGGAUAGUGGCCAAUACAUAUGCAAAGCAAAGAACAGCAUUGGGGAAACCUAUGCAGCUGCCACUCUGAAGGUUGAAGGUGAGGCCCAAGAAAUGGAGCUCAGAGAGGAAAAUAAGCCACGAUUUCUCAUCAAGCCCCUUUCCACUCGUGUUGGCCGUGGAGAGGAUGCUGUCUUUUCCUGUAAGCUUUGGGGAAACCCAAGACCAGAAGUUGUCUGGGAAAAGGAUGGUAGAAAACUUAAUGAAAUUUUUGAGAGCACACAUUUCAGUGUGGGCCAUCAGGAUGGUGGAUGGUUUCAGCUUAAAAUCUUCAAGACUCGUGCUCCAGAUGGUGGUGUAUACACAUGUAAAGCUAGGAAUGAGUUUGGAGAAGCUCUAGCAGGAGCUGUACUACUUGUUGAUGCAGGUCCGGGACAUGAAGAAGAGGGAAAUCGUAAUGGCUAUACCAAUGGUCACUGGAAAAUUCACCAGGGAAAACAGAGAACUGGCAGACAAGUACCAAGUCGACUAAGAGACGACAACAUGACCAAGUCAACAAAAGUGAAAAUGUUUGCAGUGACUGAAGGCAAGCAUGCCAAAUUCCGCUGCUUUGUGACUGGUAAACCAAAACCAGAAAUAAUCUGGAGGAAAGAUGGUAGACUUAUACUUUCUGGAAGGCGUUACUUGUUGUAUGAGGAUAGAGAUGGGUACUUCACACUAAAAGUUCUGUAUUGUAAGCAAAAGGAUAAUGGAGUUUAUGUUUGUGCUGCAUCAAAUACUGCAGGGCAAACGCUCAGUGCUGUACACCUUUCUGUCAAGGAGCCACCUGUACGGUUUAAGCAGCCUCUCUAUGAUCUAGAAGUUUGGGAACGAGAUUUAGCUGUUCUUGAGUGUGAAGUUCCAGAAGACUCUGUUCCGAUAACAUGGUAUCUGGAGGACAGACGACUGCAGCCAGGGGCCAAAUAUGGAAUGGAGGAAUGGGGAACGAAACGACGACUAACCAUUCGUGACAUCGGAGUCGAUGAUGAUGGAAUUUACCUCUGUGAGAUGCCUGAUGGGGGCAGAAGUAUAGCAGAAGUAGCUGUUAAAGGUACAAUUUUGCGAAAACUUCCAAGAAAAGUGGAUGUCUUGGAAGGUGAAAAUGCUGCUUUUUGCGUUGAAGUGGAAAAAGAAGAGAUGGACAUUCAUUGGUACAAAGAUGGCACGGAGUUGCGUGAAACCCACCAGACCAUCAUUAAGUCCUUUGGUCGUACUCACAUCCUGGUUUUUGUCAAUACGAUGCCCCAAGACUCUGGUUUAGUGACUUUUCUUGUGGGCAGAUCAAAGACGUCCUCUCAGUUAAGAGUGAAAUCUGCAAGACAUUGUCCUCCGAGCUGUCCAGUUGGAGUGCAGAUGAACACAGAGCGUGCCAAUGCCGCCCUGCUCUCAUGGAUUCCUGCUCCCGACUCACGAAAGAACCCUCCAUCUGGAUAUGUGCUUGAACGACAGGAAGUAGGCACUGGAUCACAGGAGUGGCUUCAGUGUUUGACCACAGACUCUGCAACUGCUGUGGAGAUCCUUGGUGACAGCGUCCCAUGCGAAGCCGAUUAUCGCUUUCGUAUUUGCAGUGUAAACAAAUAUGGAAAAAGCAACAAUGUUGAGUUUCCACGCACUGUUCACUUAGUUCCUGUGGCCAGAAUACAAGCUCCUUUACAAGAUGCCUUGGUGCCAGAGGGGCAGGAUGCUCUUUUCACCAUUGAACUUUCUGCUUCAGUUAUUGGUACAUGGUUUUUAAAUGGAACCCAGCUUCAAGAAGAUGAGCGUUAUUCCAUUCGACGGUCAAGAACCCACCAAUCUCUUCGAAUUCGAGGAGUACGGGAUACAGACAAUGGAGCUGAUAUUACAUUUAUUGCCUAUGGUAUCAGAGAUUCUGCAGCCCUAUAUAUACAAGGUAGGUACUGUAUAGUGAAAUUUCUACCACUGUCUGAAAUGGAUCGCAACAAAUUUGUAGAAGUUGGGAACCCAAUUGUACUUUACUGCGAGAUCUCUGACCCUUCAACUUCAGUGCAUUGGUACAAGAACGGGGUAGAACUACAGACAAUGGAUGGUCUUCAUAUCCAAUCAGAAGGCACAAUGAGACGGAUUGUCAUCCAAUCAGCAGACUUCUCACAUUCAGGAGUGUACUGCUGUGAUGCUAUUGAUGAUGUCAUCAGGUUCAAUGUAGAAGUAGAAGCGCCACCGGUAACAUUUGCUGAUGUCUCAGAGAAGGACCUUUUUCACAGUGCUGUGGAACAAGAGCAGUUGGUUUUGCCAUGUCACGUAUCAAGGGCUGAUGGUGUUGUUCAGUGGUACAAAGAUGGAAUGGAAAUACAAUCAAACAAUGACAUUACAAUAUAUGCAAAAGGUUCUGAAAGAAAUCUGACUAUACAUUCAGCCCAACUGUCUGACGCAGGCACAUACACAUGUCGUGCAGGAGACAACAUUUUAAUCUUCAAGGUUAACAUAAGAGAACCUCCUGUUACGAUAGUCUACCCCAAAGAGGACGUCCACCUUGACCGUCAUGUUCCUGAAGAAAUUAUUCUUAGCUGUGAACUGUCUCGUCCUAAUGGUGUUGUCAGCUGGUUUAAAGAUGGCCAGAAGCUUCAAGAGUCUGAAAAUAUCAAGCUUAAACUUGAAGGCCCAUAUCGCCGACUCACAAUUCUUUCAAGUAGAGUCGAAGAUUCUGGAGAAUAUGUCUGCGAUACAAAUGAUGAUUCAAUAUUCUUUCACCUUAAUAUUACAGAACCUCCAGUUCAAAUUUUAUCCCCAAGUCAGUCACAAAUGGAACUGUGUCAGCAGACCUCUGAAAGGAUGGUGCUGAGUUGUGAGAUCUCACGGCCCAAUGCAGUGGUGCGUUGGUAUCGAGAUGGACUCGAGGUGGAAGAGAAUGACAAUCUUAUUCUAGAAGUGGAUGGUGUCUACAGAAGACUUAUUAUACCAGAAACAACUGUCAAAGACUCAGCAGAAUAUGUAUGUGACACAGGGGAUGAUUCUGUGACAUUUUUUGUGAACAUAGCAGAACCUCCUGUUCGCUUCAUACGCCCACGGAAGAUGGCAAGUAGUGUAGAGAAAGCAGUUGGGGAGACUCUGGUUUUAGACUGUGAAGUUUCAAGAUCCAAUGCCGAAAUCACCUGGAAGAAAAAUGGGGAGGAAGUAGAAGACUCCAGAAAUAUCACAAUCCUAGAGGAUGGCAUCAUGCGACAAUUAACCAUUCUCUCUUUAACAGUGGAGGACAGUGGGCAAUACGUGUGUGAUGCAAAAGAUGAUGUGAUGCAUUUUAAUGUGAAUGUGCAAGACUUGCCUGUAAAAAUUCUUGGAAAAACUGGGGCUAAGACCGAAAGACAGUUUUUGGUGUCGGAUGAUAUUAUUUUAGUUUGUGAACUCUCAAGAGCCAGUGCUUCAGUCAAAUGGUACAAAGACAAUCAUCUUAUUGAUGACACUAAGAGAUACUGCUGUGAAGAGCAAGACGUCUUCCGGUCUCUGGUUGUUCUUAAUGCUGGACUGGAAGACUCAGGGGAGUAUUCCUGUGAUGCAGGGGAUGAUAAGAUGGUCUUUCAUAUAACUGUUAAAGAGCCUCCUGUGCAGAUAAUUGGAAAUUCAGGUAAUCCAGAGCAUCAUGCCAUGGCAGCAGGAGAUGAUCUUGUUCUGGAGUGUGAAGUGUCUCAACCAAAUGCCUCUGUCAAGUGGCUACAUAAUGGCGAGAUACUCAAUCCAGACAAUCGGAUACAUAUUGAUAGUUAUGAUGUGGUGAGGAAGCUUGUUCUCUCUGGACUUCAACCUUCAGACUCGGGAGAAUACAUAUGUGACGCCAUUGAUGACAAGUUGAUAACAAUUGUGAAAGUAGAAGCUCCACGUGUUGUGGAGUUCAUAGCGGAGCUCCGUAAUAUCACUGUCCGUGAAGGGGAAGAUGCAGCAUUCAAGUGCGUUGUUUCACCAGCAGACGUUAAACUGGUCUGGCACUUGAAUGACAAGAAGGUUGCAUUGAAUGAGCGCGCGGUCAUUUCCAGCCAUGGCCUGUGCCAUAUGCUCUCCAUCAACAACUGCAUGGUUUUAGAUAGCGGCAGAGUGACAGCUGAUGCCGAGGGGUUGGUAUCAGAAGCAGAACUCCAGGUUCAAGAGCAACAGGUGCUGUUCACCAAGAAAAUGUCCCCAGUUGUAGCUGAGGAGUACAAUGAGGCAACUCUCGAGGUGGAGGUGAAUCUAGAUGCAGGAGAGGUGCAGUGGAUGAGACAAGGGGUGCUGAUCCACCCUGGCGCCAAGUAUACCCUCAAACACAAGGGCCAAAAACACAGCCUUACCAUCCACACUCUGGCCGUGUCUGACCGGGGCACCUACAGCUGCGAAACCCUUCACGACCGCACACAAGCCCAGCUCAGAGUGGAGCCUCGAAAAGUCACAGUCAAGAGAGGGCUGACUGACAUUAAAACCACAGAGAGAGAGACAGCUUCCUUUGAAGUGGAGCUCUCCCAUUCUAAUGUCCCAGGCACGUGGAUCAGAAACGGAAUCCAGCUUAAGCCAACGAAUCACUUCCGUAUGAGCGCCAAAGGACAAGUUCACAGCCUCACCAUCUCUAAUCUAUCAGUGGAAGACACUGGAACCUUUGUUUUCUGUGUAGACAAUCUGAAAACAUCUGCGAGGCUUGUUGUGAAGGAGCCUCCGGUGACUAUUUUUAGGAAACUGGAAAACCAGAAAGUCCCGGAUGGUUCGAUAAUUUCUCUGGAGUGCGAACUGUCAAGACACAACGUUGAUGUAAAAUGGAUGAAGAAUGGAGAUGAGCUGAAGCCAAGCAAGGACCUGCGUAUUUAUGCAAUGGGAAGAAAGCGGUUUCUUCAGAUAAUGAAAUGCCACGUCACUGACUCUGGCAUCUACACGUGUGAUGCUGGAGAUGUUACUACAUCCUGCACUGUGGAAGUUUAUGAGCGCAAGUUGUCGGUCCUUCAGGGCCUUGAUAAUCUGGACAUCCAGGAGGAUCAGAAUGCUGUGUUUGUUUGUGAGAUCUCUGUGGAGGACGUGCCAGGGGAAUGGUACAAAAAUGGUGAGCGGAUACAGCCCACCAGCACAAUCAAGAUCCGUCAGGAAGGGACAAAGCACUUUCUCCUCAUGUGUAACGUUCGAGCAGAAGACUCAGGCGAGAUCAAGUUCGUCGCUAGAAAUGUUGAAUCAGUUGCUUGCCUGGAUGUGGAAGAGCUCCCGGUCAACAUAGUAAAACCUCUGCAGGAUAAGACUGUCUUGGAGAAGAGUCGUGUCAUGCUGGACUGCACCGUGUCCAACCCCAGAUGUAGUAUCCGCUGGUACAAAGACAUCAAUGUUAUCCUGCCCUCAGAGCGCUUUGAGAUCUGCAGCGAGGGCUGCUACCGCAAGCUGAUCAUCCAGCAGGUGGCGCUGGAGGAUGAGGGCAUGUAUAGUGUGCAGGUUGGAGAGUACUCCUGCUCUGCCAAACUGACAGUGGAGGCCCAGUCCGUGUUGUUGGUCCGGGAGCUCCAAGACUUGGAGGUGGCGGCACCUGACAAGGCCUGCUUUGAAUGUGAAGUCUCAGACCAGAUCCUCAGGUACCCUGUGUGGAGUCUGAACGGGGAUCCCCUGCAGCCAGGCCCCCAUGUGCGUAUAGAGAAGAUGGGUACGGUCCAUAGGCUGACCCUCAUGCAGACCAACCCAGACAUGAGCGGGGUGGUAGAGUUCACAUCUGGGAAAGCAAAAAGUCAAGCCCAGCUUCGAGUAGUGAGUAAGUGA